CCCACCCGUACUCCUCCAUCUACCUUUCAUCUGUCAAAAUCGUGUCACAAUGGCAAAAUAAACCAGUGUCAAAACAAUAACAAAAUCGUUUUUAUGUGACAAUUGUUAGAAUUUUCAGUUUGCGGGGCCUUUAGUUUGGUGUUAAGUGUUUCUUUACUUUGUUUAAUUCGCUUCAAUUUCCGCAAAAUUGUAUUCGUGUGUGACGUUAAAUUAUGAGCGACGAAAAUAUGGAUUUGUGCGAGUGCAUUUGGGGCCACGAAUUGGCCAUGCGGAGGCUUUUGAACGUCAUCCGAAAUUCGCAGAGUAAUUGUGUCGACAAUGAGUGCUUUGAUGACGGUUUCCAGAGACAGAGCCCCGAUUCAAGCAUGCUAUUUAUGACUUGUGUUUUGAUGGUUGCAAUGUUUUUGUAUUAUUUCCGCCCAAGGACUCAAAGAAUUGAUGACACCAAACCUGGAAGGAGUGACCGUCAUGGAGCCCCACCUAGCCCUCCAUCGGCUACGUCUUAAACAACACUUGUUGCAAUGUAUACUUUAUAUUUACAAAUCAGUUUUAGCAAAUGUUAGGCCAUUAAAUUGUUAAAAUGCAAGGGGAAGUUGAGUUUUUUAUUGGCAAUAAAACUAUCAAAUGCAUCACUAAUGCUUAUGGCUUAUUACUAUCAAUUAUAUCUCCAAUGUACAUACAUAUUGUUCAAAUUCAAGGAAUUGUAUUAUAUCUAAAUGACAUUCCAACUACCAAUUUUCUUCAACACAAUGCUCAAAUUAAUCUCACUACAGAUAUGUAUUUAUGUGUAAAAUAAAUUUGUAUAAAAAAAAUUAGCAACAAUUCAAAUAAAAAGUAUAUUUUACGUUUGCA